CAGCAGAUAAUUGUAGCAUUUUUCGUUAAAGAAGAUCAUUUAAACAUGAUUAUUUUAAAAAUAAUUGAUAUAUAAAUUAAGAUUUUUGUGGUGCUUAUUUGUCAUCCUUAUUACAGAUACCAACAUGAUAAUUCCAGUGCGCUGCUUUACUUGUGGUAAAGUAAUUGGCAACAAGUGGGAAGCAUAUCUCGGUUUAUUACAAGCAGAAUAUACUGAAGGUGACGCUUUGGAUGCACUCGGUUUGAAGAGGUACUGUUGCAGACGCAUGCUGUUAGGGCACGUGGAUCUUAUUGAAAAACUUUUGAAUUAUGCACCAUUAGAGAAAUAGGAAGUUUAUUGUAUUUGGGAAAUAAAACUGAUUAAUAUUAAUUUAUCAAUUUUGUCUUUUUUUUUAAUUUCUAUCUCAAAACUUAUAACUAUAAUAAUAAUAUUAUUCAAAGUUUUCAACAAUAGCCAACCAAUGAAAGAAAG